CUUCUCAAGCAAAGACUAGAGAAGUUGUGAGAGGCACAGCUAGUCUGGAGUAAGUGUGAACCACAAUGGAUGCGGUACCCUGUGCUCUGGUGUUAAUGGUCCUGUUAAUGGGAAAUGGCAUUCAGGAAACUCGAGCCUUACAGUGCCACUGCCACACAUGCGCCAACUUCACCUGUGUCACGGACGGCGUGUGCCACCUGGCGGCCACCCGACAGGGCGGCGGCGUGACGGUCCAGCGCACCAUGUGCAUUGCCGAGAAGGACCUGAUUCCGCGCGACCGACCCUUUGUUUGUGCCCCCUCCCUGAAGGACGACACCGUCUACCCUGUGUGCUGCAGCACCGACCUCUGCAAUAAAAACCUCAACCGGAGCUUUUUCCCUGACCCCCCCUCAAAGAGCCCGCCCUUGGGCCCCGUGGCGCUGGCGGCUAUGAUUGCGGCCCCCGUCUGCGUGCUGUGCUGCGUGCUGGUGCUGGCCUUCUACAUCUGCCACAGCCGGGCCGUCAUCCACCAGCGCGUGCCCAGUGAGGAGGACCCCUCGCUGGACCCCUUCAUCACCAUGGGCACCACUCUCAAGGACCUCAUCUACGACAUGACCACGUCCGGCUCCGGGUCGGGCCUGCCGCUGCUGGUGCAGAGGACCAUAGCCCGGACCAUCAUCUUGCAGGAGAGUAUUGGCAAGGGCCGCUUCGGCGAGGUGUGGCGUGGCAAGUGGCGGGGGGAGGAGGUGGCCGUCAAGAUCUUUUCAUCACGCGAGGAGCGUUCCUGGUUCCGGGAGGCGGAGAUCUACCAGACUGUCAUGCUGCGGCAUGAGAACAUCCUGGGCUUCAUCGCCGCCGAUAACAAAGAUAACGGCACGUGGACACAGCUGUGGCUGGUGUCCGACUACCACGAGCACGGCUCGCUGUUCGACUACCUGAACAGGUACACAGUUACCGUAGAGGGCAUGAUCAAGCUGGCGCUGUCCACCGCCAGCGGUCUGGCCCACUUGCACAUGGAGAUCGUGGGCACACAAGGCAAGCCGGCCAUUGCCCACCGGGACCUGAAGUCCAAGAACAUCCUGGUGAAGAAGAACGGGACCUGCUGCAUUGCUGACCUGGGGCUGGCGGUCCGCCACGACUCGGCGACAGACACCAUAGACAUCGCUCCCAAUCACAGAGUGGGAACCAAAAGAUAUAUGGCCCCAGAGGUGCUGGACGAUACGAUAAAUAUGAAACAUUUCGACUCAUUUAAGAGGGCUGACAUCUACGCCAUGAGCCUGGUCUUCUGGGAGAUCGCAAGCCGCUGUUCCAUUGGUGGUAUCCAUGACGACUAUCAGCUGCCUUACUUUGACCUGGUUCAGUCGGACCCCUCAGUGGAGGAGAUGAAGAAGGUGGUGUGUGAACAGAAACUCAGGCCGAACAUCCCCAACAGGUGGCAGAGCUGUGAGGCUCUGCGAGUGAUGGCCAAGAUUAUGAGGGAGUGCUGGUACGCCAAUGGGGCAGCUCGUCUGACAGCACUGCGCAUCAAGAAGACCCUUUCCCAACUCAGCCAGCAGGAGGGCAUCAAGAUGUAGGCUAGGAGGGGUCGAAGAGUGCCCCCCAUGUUUCUUCAAAGCUGCUGCUCCUCCUUUGCCGCCUCCUCCUUGUUCUGGGAAAGAGGAACGAGCCAUUUGGCAGAGGGUCCUCAGUCUGACCCCCCCCCCCCCCACCACCACCCAAACAUCUCAUCUCGGCGCCUGGACUACAAGGCUUCAGGAGGGGCUGUACUUUCCUACCUCACCGAGGUAACAGCGGCUGGAUUACUGACUGAUAGGCAGGCUUACAUCAUACAGGUGUUACCUCCACCCUUCUCCUGAUUCUCCGUGGACUUCUCAUUGUGCCUCUGGACCACCUUCCUCCACCCCUCUGAAUACACACAGCCUCCUCAUCUCCUCCUUCAAGAGCCAUAGAGCAGGGUUUGUUUCUAAUCACCUUUGGCUCUGUCCAGGGAAACUGUAGAAAGCCGAUGCAAGAAAAGGCAGCUGUGUUUUGCAUUGACCAGUGUGAAGAAAUAUCCCUCAGAAUGUUAUACACAAUUGAUUCUCUGAAUGGGUGGAUGAAGUCUGUUACCUGGUUGCUAAGAACCAGUGUUUUUAGUUUAUUUUUUGUGCUUGGAAGUUGAUCAUCUGCUACAGGAUUGUCUCUUUUCAGAAGUGAUAGUGACAGAUUUGCGCUCACCCCCUAACCCAUAUGAUAUAGAUCAUUGUUUCAUUUUUUAUUUGACUCAAACUCGACAUGACCUCAUUCAGUCUUGGCAAACAUGCUACGACGUAUGCAAAAAUUAUAGAUAAUUCUGUAUAUUUUAUGAAUUUACACCAGAAAGUGCCACUUCGGAAUCAGUCUCAUUGGCCCCCAUGCGUUUGUUUGUGUGUGCGUGCGAGAGUGUGUGCACAAGCGUUUUCAUCGGAGUCAUAUAGGUGUCGGCAAAUGGUAUGCAGUGUAUCGAUUAUCGACUGCCCAUGCCUGUCUCCUCUGCCCUGCCCCACCUCGUCUGACAUCAGCUUGGGUCGGCUCGAAGCUCCACCCCUUUUUCCUGGGCAGCGCGCUACCGUGUGGCUGAGAGAUACGGUGCUCUCUUGCCGCCGAGCUUUGUCUGAAUGGGGGCGCGGACACGCGUUGCUUUAAGAAAACAUUUUUUUCAAGAUGCUGUACAAAUGUGCAUGUACAAAUGUGCAUGAUUUUUUUAACCUGCUGAGAUUAUGAAUUUAUGAUUACAUUAAUAUAACAAAUGGACAUAUAUGUUGUGCCAUAGGUGUUCUAGCAUUUUAGAUUUUUUUUUCCCCCCAGGAUGGAGUGUGUGUGUGUGUGUGUGUGUGCGCGCGCGAGAGAGAGAGCGUGUGAGUGAGACACACAGAGAUUUUAAAUUAACUAUGUUUAUGGUAAAUUACUUAAUUUGACCAAGCCUUAAGGGACCAAUGGAAGGCUUCAUUUCCCCCUUUUUUAAAGUAGUAAGUAGGUACCAUGAUCUGUAAGGAAAACAAGUAAAACUAAAACAGAAUAAAAAAGUGUUGUACUUUUACCGUAUUAUUGUAUUCAUAGCCAUGCAGACUGAAACUGAAGACUGGUCCUUUUCUGCACACUUGAAAGUUGCUACUGUCGGUACCUCACGCUGCUGUAUUCAGGAUGCCCUUUAAGGAAAACCUCACUUUGUUGGUAAAGAAUUUAAAAUUUCAGCGGGCAAACAAAUGAAAAUGCAUAUAAGAAAACACUGUUCAUUCAUUUUUAACCGUUUUUUUAAUGGCAACAAGUGCACUUGUGGGGAAAACGUCGCAUGUGUAAGCGCAGUCAUGCGGCCACGAGUUAUCGUUCUUUUUCUUUAUGUAUAUUUUGAAGCCACUGUGCUGCUAUUGUUUGUGCGAGCAAGGACAAAGAGGGAACAACACUCCUCAUCGGCAGCUGCGUUGUUACGUACGCGCUUUAGUACGUGUGCCACUAACAUUUCGUCCUGAGCCUGUUAAUCGACAAUGGUUUGGGGCAGCCACAACUUUAAAGGUCUCGAUUAUAACGAAUUGUUAUUAAGUUAAUGACAAUUCUUAAGCAGUAUACAAGUGUGAAUGGUACCAUUUUGAUAAUUUCCCGAAAUCGACUCUUCAAAUGAUGUGAAUAUUGUUUUGAUUCGUGUUGAAAAUGUAUACGCUCAGAAUUAAGUAUUACACAUUAGUGUUUUGGUGUUAAAAUGGGUCAGCAGCUGGAGAUGUAAGCUUAUCCUAACCGUGUUGCGUCUUACCUUAUUAACAUACAAUGGUCAAGGGUGCAAAUAUAUUUUUUAUUUUGAGGGAGAGCCCGUAGCAACCCAAAUGCUCUGGGACACGGCAUUUUCAUUACACCCAGCUACUUCAGCCACGGGUAGUUCAUUUCUGCGCAACGUGCUACUACUUAACCACCAGCAGCCUUUUUUGUUUUAUAUCAAAGUUAACCAAGCUGAAACAUACACAUCCAGGUAUUCCUCAGCGGCAGGUAUCUAUAUGGUCCUCAUCGGACCAGCACACCAGCUAUGACUUAAACCAUAUGUACACCUCUGGUUUUUUUAGCGGAGGCUUGUCGAGCCUUAAGUGUGUGUGCAGCAGCGACAUUCUAUUUCUUUGGAGGGGAAAGGGUACGGUCAGACAGUUUAAUUAACCGGCAGCCUGCGACCCAAAAUCCGAAAAGAGAUACGGCGACCCCACGGGUGCGUCUCUGUCUAGCGGGUCGCAGUCGAUUCGUUCAUAUUGCGCACGAGGAAAUAAACGUGACACCGCGCAUGCGUCUGUCGGCUUCUGUCGGACGUUUGCAGGCUCAAGUACCUGGUCAUCGAGGCCCAGGGCCGGAGAGACCAAGUUAUAUUUCCGAUCGGGAAAAGGAACGGCUGCCGUCUGAACGGCAUAAUUGUGAGGAAGGAAAGAAUGAGCCUCAGGUCACAAGGGGGUGUAAUUAGCUUUAAACCAGCAAGGUUUUUCCCUCUUUUUUUGACUGAGACCAUUGUGUACAGAUAGAGGAAAGCUUUUACAUUUUUAGUGCCUAUAGUUUGAUUAUAUUUUUAACUGAUCUUUUCCACCUGGAAUGAUGCACUGCAUGAACCGAAUUCUGACGUUUGCAUCACUUUUUAUAAUUACGUUGUAAAUAGAAAUAUUAUCAAUGUUUAAAAUAUGAAAAAAUGGCUUAUGUGUUUACCUCAUUGUACAUACUCAUAUGUUUACUUUGGAAAUUUGCUUUCUUUUCUAAGAAACUUAAAUAGUAAAUUACAUCAGCUGGUAACACUAGUCAUGCAUUGUAUUGUGUUUCUGUUUUGUCGGAAUUGGCUAGUCGUUACGGAAUACUCAAUUUUCUGUAUUUGAAAGCUUUUCUUAAGUUAAUUACGCUGUUUCUGAGUGGAGGCGAAUACAAAGAGUACAAUGCAAAAUGUCUUGUUUACUUUGGGUAAAUGCAUUGAGUUCUUUGGUGUGUACGAGGAAUGAAUUAUGAGAAAUGGGGGACAUAGCGAUGAUUGAUGCAUAAGUUCUAACAGUGCUGUAGAAAUUUGCAAAAAUAAAGUAUGUUUACUUAUA